UUAUCUCUAAGUGGAACUCAUUCACCACACUUAGUAUCUUUCUAAUAGAAGAAAGAUGGCUCAGACACUAGCUCCUAAGUUUCUUACUUUACUCCUUUUCUUUUUCAUGAAUGGACAAGGCAUCACUGCAAGAGACUUGAAGACAGAGUUACGAGAUGUGGAUUCCAAUGAACAACCUUACAUUACACAGUACGGACACACUAAACCAGAUUAUGCAGCUUCAUAUAAUACUCAUGAUUCCAAUGGACCUUACAAAACUUCCUACGGUAACCAUGAAGCCGAGAAACCAGAUUAUAAUACCGGAUAUAGGACUCAUACCCACCAUUCCAAUGAACUCUACAAAACUGCUUACGGUAAUCAUGAGGCCGAGAAACCAGAUUAUAAUACUGGUUAUAAGGCUCGUACACAUGAUUCCAAUGAACCUUACAAAACUUCCUACGGUAAUCGUGAAGCCGAGAAACCAGAUUAUAAUACCGGAUACAGGGCUCAUACCCAUGAUUCUAAUGAACCUUACAGAACUUCCUACGGUAAUCAUGAAGCCGAGAAACCAAAUUAUAAUACCGGAUAUAGGGCUCAUACCCAUGAUUCCAAUGAACCUUACAAAACUUCCUACGGUAAUCAUGAAGCCGAGAAACCAGAUUAUGAUACCGGAUAUAGGGCUCAUACCCAUGAUUCCAAUAAACCUUACAAAACUUCCUACGGUAAUCAUGAAGCCGAGAAACCAGAUUAUGAUACCGGAUAUAGGGCUCAUACCCAUGAUUCCAAUGAACCUUACAAAACUUCCUACGGUAAUCGUGAAGCCGAGAAGCCAGAUUAUAAUACCGGAUACAGGGCUCAUACCCAUGAUUCCAAUGAACCUUACAGAACUUCCUACGGUAAUCAUGAAGCCGAGAAACCAGAUUAUGAUACCGGAUAUAGGGCUCAUACCCAUGAUUCCAAUAAACCUUACAAAACUUCCUACGGUAAUCAUGAAGCCGAGAAACCAGAUUAUGAUACCGGAUAUAGGGCUCAUACCCAUGAUUCCAAUGAACCUUACAAAACUUCCUACGGUAAUCAUGAAGCCGAGAAACCAGAUUAUGAUACCGGAUAUAGGACUCAUACCCAUAAUUCCAAUAAACCCUACUUAACUUACGCUAAGCAUGAAACCGAUGAAUCCAAUGGACCGUACAUAGCUUCCUACGGUAAACAUGAACCCAAUCAUCCUUACAUCACACAGUACGGACCAACUUCCCUUGAUCUAAAAGACCUCACGUCUCCAAACUCAAAAGAUCUAGAAGGGUCUGCAUCUUCCAAUUUGGAUCGCACAGAAGCUUUCAAAACAGGCUUUUUCAAUUUGGACGAUCUUUAUGUUGGACAUGAAAUGACCCUCCAAUUUCCAGUCCAAGAGGUUUCUCAUUACCUCCCAAAAAAAGCGGCUGACUCCAUUCCUCUCUCAAAAUCACAACUCCCAAGCGUUCUACAACUCUUCUCAAUCUCUGAAGAUUCAACUCAAGCCAAAGCCAUGAGAGGAACACUUGAAGAAUGCGAAGGAGAAACCAUUACUGGAGAGACAAAAAUCUGUGCCAAUUCUCUAGAGUCCAUGCUCGAAUUCGUUGAUACAAUCAUUGGUACAGACACCAAACAUAGUAUUCUCAGUACCAGCAAUCUAUCACCUACCGCUACCCCUCUACAGAAGUACACCAUUUUGGAAGUAUCACAUGACAUUCAUGCUCCCAAAUGGGUAGCUUGCCAUCCCCUACCUUACCCAUAUGCAAUUCACUAUUGCCAUUACAUAGCUACAGGGAGUAAAGUGUUCAAAGUCACACUUGUUGGUGAUGAGAAUGGAGACAAAAUGGAAGCUCUUGGCAUUUGUCAUUUGGAUACAUCUGAUUGGAACCCGGAUCAUAUUGUAUUUAAGCAGCUUGGAAUUAAGGCUGGGAUGAAUACUCCAGUGUGUCACUUUUUUCCUGUAAACCAUCUUUUGUGGGUUCCUGAGGAGCCUUCAAAAGCCACCAUGUGAAGGGAUAUGAACUAUCUAGAUAUGUAUAAUAAAGGUUGAUCAACCUUACCACUCUGUAAUAGCUAUAGCAGCAUGCAUGUUUGUGAGUGAUGACUGAUGACCAAUUUCCUAAUUGUAUGUUUGUUAGUUGCUUUAUGUAUAAGUAAGUUAAGAGUA